UUAUUUAUAAUAUUUCCGCCACACCCAACUACAAUUAAGCAUAGAGGCGUGAGGAGUGGAAAGCAGUGGGUUAAAAAGAUUGAUGUUUUAAAUCCAACUACUACUAUUAGAAAUGAUACAGUAAAAAGACACAGAACAGUAAACAGGGGCAAUCUUGUUACUAUUCCAAUAAUUUCUGAACAAAUCGAUCAACGCCCAGACAAUACACAAUUGUGUCUUAAUGCAUGGCCCGUCGAAAAUAAAACAGUCGCUUUGAAUGAUUAUAUAUACGACAACAAUGAAGUAAUUGGGAGAAAUCAAAGACAUUUAAAAGUUAUCACCACCAACAGACCAUAUGAACCUCUAAACACUAAUCCACUGAAUAUUAACAUUAAUCAUAGCAAUCUCAUCCAGCUUACCUCAAACUCUAUCAAAAAUCACAAACAGAUCAAAAACUUUAGAACAAAACAGAAGAUAAAGAACAAUCUUAUACAAAUUAGAAAGGCGGUCGAAAAUGAAGCGUCAGUAUUAACAACUUCGUUUGGAUUAAUUAAUGCCAGAUCCGUAAGAAAUAAAACAACAAUUUUAUCUGAUUAUAUUUUUGAAAAUUCUAUUGAUAUUUGUGGAAUAACUGAAACGUGGCUGAAUAAUGACUGUUCGGACUCAUCGACAAUCGCAGCUUUAGUACCUGAUGGAUAUUCUAUACAACAUUGCCCUCGCGGUUCACGUGGAGGAGGCGUAGCACUUAUAUUUAAGUCAUCUAUUAAGUGUAAGAAAAUCCGUCAUGACCGUUUUGAUUCUUUUGAAAUUUUGGAUUGUUCUCUACAGUUUUCUUUCAAGGAAACUAGGAUUAUUACAAUUUACCGCCCGCCCAAUAGCAAAUUGUGUCAAAAGUUUAUGGAAGAAUUUGGAUUAUUUCUGGACCAGUUGAUGAUGACUAAGUGUUGCACUAUUAUUUGGGGAGAUUUUAAUUUUCAUGUUGAUGAUUCCAACGACUCUACCGCGGUUGAUUUUUGUGAUAUGCUGAAUAAUAGAUCUCUCACACAACAUGUUUCUUCUUCUACUCAUAACGGUGGACAUAUUCUCGAUCUGGUGAUAACUAAUCCACGUGAUAUUAAACUGGAUAAUCUCUCUGUCUCGGACAAAUUAAUAUCUGAUCAUUUUCCGGCAACUUUUAAUCUUAUGAUCCAGAAACCACACCCAACAAGAAAGACUUUAACAUAUCGAAGGUUUAAAUCAUUUGACAUAAAUAAAUUUAAAGCGGAAAUAGUGAACUCGAAUUUCAAUGGCAUUCAACGUAUUCAAGAUAUACAAGAGAAGGCAACCCAAUAUCACUCAAAGCUUGCUGAAAUUUUGGACUCGCUUGUUCCUCUUCAAACGAAAACAUUUACGAUUCGUCCCAAUACGCAGUGGUUUAAUGAUUCUAUUUUAGAAGCCAAAAGGGACCGUAAUAAGGCUGAACAUCUGUGGCGGAAAACAAAUCUACAUGUCCAUAACAGAUUUAUAAAUCUUUAAAAAACAAUGUGAAUAAAUUAAUUGAUGGUGCUAAAAUUAAAUUUUACUCUGAUAAAAUAGAAAAUGGCGAAAACAGACAAAAAGACCUGUAUAAAGUUGUGAAUUCCCUUUUGGACCAUAAUGCUGAGCGUACUAUCCUCCCGGACAAUGAUAAUGACACUGAACUUGCAAAUUUAUUCUCUGAUUUCUUUCAAAUAAAAAUACAGAAAAUACGAACUGAACUUGAUGAUUUAAAUAAAACUAUUGACUUUAACGCUCAUGAUUUUGAUAAGUUAGAAAAUUCUGUUUAUUUAGAAAAUUUUAACUUGGUUAGUGAAUCUUUUAUUUUAAAGCUAAUUAAAUCGUCUGCUCCUAAAUCUUGUUCAUUAGAUCCUGUUCCGACUUCUGUUCUUAAGGACUGUCUAGACGAAGUUAUUCCAGUUUUUACCAAUAUUAUUAAUUCUUGUAUAUCAUCCGCUACUAUUCCCAACGUUUUCAAACGAGCUUAUGUUACCCCUUUAAUUAAAAAGUCUACACUGGAUCCUAAUGUUUUUAAAAAUUACAGGCCAGUCUCUAACUUAAGUUUUAUUUCUAAAAUAUUGGAGAAAUGUAUUGCUUCUCAGAUAAAGGCCCAUCUAGAUGAUAACUGUUUGUAUGAACCAUUUCAAAGUGCUUAUAAACAAUUUCACAGUACCGAAACAGCUUUAACCCGGGUUUCAACUGAUAUUUUAAUGGAAAUUGAUAAUAGAAAAUGUACAAUUUUAAUUUUAUUAGAUUUAUCUGCUGCUUUCGACACGGUGGACCCUUCAAUUCUUCUACGUAGACUUCAAUUUAAAUUCGGUAUUUGUGGCUCUGCAUUAAAUCUUUUAGAGAGCUAUCUUGUGGGUAGAAAACAGUAUAUUUUAGUUAAUUGCAAAUCGUCGUCUGAAUCUGUUUUGUCAUCUGGGGUUCCCCAAGGUUCUGUUCUUGGUCCGAUUUUAUUUACCCUCUAUACGCCACCAUUAGGAGAUAUUGUCAGAAAAUAUGGUCUCAGCUUUCAUUUGUAUGCCGAUGAUACUCAAUUAUAUAUUUCAUUUACACCUAAUUGUCCAUCUUCUUUCAAUUUAUCAAAAUUGCAACUUGAGAACUGUAUUAGUGAAAUUAGAAAAUGGAUGUCAAAGAACUUUCUAAAAUUGAAUGAUGAUAAAACCGAAUAUUUGUUAUUAGGCUCAAGGCAUCAAUUAAGUAAAUCUGCACAAGAUAACCCCCCUGUUGUAAUUGGUAAUUGUGAUAUAUUUUCAUCUUAUUCUGCUCGUAAUAUUGGCGCUAUCUUUGAUAGUUUUAUGCUUAUGGGAGCUCAAGUAAAUAAUAUUUGUAAAUUGUGCUAUUUUAAUAUUAGAAAUAUAGGUAAAAUACGUAAAUGUGUAACUGUAGAAUCCACUAAGUCACUUGUUAAUUCUCUGGUCACUUCUCGAUUAGAUAACUUUAAUUCACUUUUAGUUGGUUUACCUUUAAAGCUUAUAGAUAAAUUACAAAAAGUACAAAUACUGCGGCUAGACUUGUUACUUUAACUAAGAAAUGUGACCACAUAACUCCUGUUUUAUAUAAUUUACACUGGUUACCUGUUAAAUAUCGAAUUGAUUUUAAGAUUUUAUUACUUACUUUUAAAUGUUUAAAUAAUUUAGCUCCUGUUUACCUCUCAGAUCUUUUAGAACUUUAUACACCUGGCCGAACAUUACGUACAUCAGAUAAACUACUUUUAAAGCCCAAAACUGUUCAACUAGUCUCCUAUGGUCAGCGCUCUUUUAGUUAUCAAGCACCUGUUUUAUGGAAUAAUCUACCAUUUAGUUUAAGAUGUUGUACAUCUCUGUAUUCUUUUAAAAAACAAAUUAAAACACAUUUAUUUAAUCAGGCUUUUAACUGACUCUGUAUACAAUCGUUAACAUGCCCAUAAUCUUGUUGUUUAUGUGUGAUUUACAUUGUCACUUUGUAAAGUGCCUCUGAACAUGUUAUAUGAAAGGGUGCACUAUAAAUAUGCUGUAAUAAUAAUAAUAAUAAUAAUAGAUGUAGGGUAACGGAAUCUGUCGAGAUUUGCCGAGUGCCUACAUCCACAGAGUGCUACAUCUAGAUGUGCCGAGGUUUGCCGAGUGGCCUAUAUGGAACACGUGAUCUCACUGAAGUCAUGGUCAUCCAGCGAAUUCCUUAUUGUAUGCUGACUUGAUUGUCCCUUAUUGUAUGAGAAAUUUUACAAAUUUGAGAAGAUAAUUCAAAAGGAAAAUUUACUGAGUUUAUAUACAAAAUGGCCAUCCUUGGAGUGCAGUUUGUGUUCAGCUUGGUGAUGUUUAGCUUCCUCCAGAAGUUGUCACCAUAUUUCUCUUUUGGUCAGUGGUUACUAUGUAAUAAGCUAGUUCGAUUUCUAUACCCAACAGAUGAAGAGUUAAAAUCUUUAGCAGGAAUAUCAACUGGUGUUAAAGGAAAGGUCAAAAGAAAUGAUUAUAAGAAAAUGAUUAAUAAUACAAAAAAAGAUGACAGUUUUACAGUUCCUAGAAAUUUACCAAUUCAAUUAGAUACGGUCAAGGUGCAAGCUGUUGAUCUUUUACCACUCAAAUAUUUCACAGAUUUUCAGUGGCUGAUGGAUUUUUCGCUCUCUUCUGUUAUUGUUUAUACUCUCACAGAAAUAUAUUUUGCUGUAGCUUCCCACAAGAUAGAAUUUAAUGUUAGUAUAUUGUGGUGUUUGUUAACUAUUGGAUUCUGUUUGCGUGUUUUGAUGUCCCAAACUGCUAUGUAUUUCAAAGCUGAGGAAGGCGGAGAGAGAAUUCUUUGUAUCACAUUUGGAUUCUUUUACUUGGUAUUAGGAAUGGGUGUAUUGGUGAUAAAUGACAUAGUUCUAGAGUUUGGAUUAGAGGAAGGUUACAACAACUUCUCUGGUAAUGCCAUGGAAUUCUUAAAACAUCAGGGAGUAGAAUCUCAAGGCCCACUCUCCUUCCUUACCUUUAAAAUAGUUCUAGCUAUUUUGUGUGCAUUUAUUGGUGGUAUAUUAACAUUCCCAGGUCUGCGAAUGGCUAAACUUCAUCUGGAUUCCUUGAAAUAUGCCAAAGAAUCACCCUUCAAACAAACAAUCCUCCAUAUGAACUUCAUUCUGCCACUUUUCAUUUGCCUUACAUGGGCUCGUCCUAUUGCUAGAGAUGUUUUUUGUGUCCGCAGAUAUUCUGGGGAUCCUUAUCUUACAGAUGCAGCAUUUGAUAGUAUUCGUCUUAUCUUGGUUAUUUUCUUUUUCUUUGUAAGAUUAAUUUUAUUGCCAAUACACUUGCAAUCUCAUCUUAAUAUGGCACAUGAGAAAAUAGAAAUGAUGAAGAAAGAAAGUGGUAGAAUUAAUAGUUUAGAGCUACAGAAAACUGUGGCACGUGUAUUUUACUAUUUGUGUGUGGUCACAUUACAAUAUAUUACACCAGCAUUGUUGAUUUUAUUUUUGACAUUUCUACUGAAAACUCUAGGAGACUACUCGUGGAGUGAUGUGUUUGGUGAUAAAGUUAAAGUUCUAUGGUCUGUCAGAAAUGUUGCUUCGGGCAUGUCAAUGACAGCCCCGCCUGCUAACAGUACAGACAGUAUUGCCAACACAGCUGCUCAGUUCUCAUGGGCUAUAAGUAACUUGCGAAAUGUUUUUACAUCAGUGUGGUAUCGCGGUCUAUUGUCAUUCAUCAUGUGGUGGGUUUGUACAUCAUGGUUUUUAAGCAGCGUAUUUGGAAUAAUGUAUUAUACGCAAAUAGAAAAGGUAUAAGUGAAGGUUUUUCAAUAUUGAAAAAAAUAAAUAAAUGAAUAAAUCUGAAUUAUGUCUGAUUACAACUGUAAAUCAGUGAUUCAUUUCAUUCACCAUCAUGUGAUCAGAGAAGUAGAGGUAGAUUAAUUAAAUUAUGAGUUGAGUUUUGAAAAGAGUAGUUAUAGUUAUGACUCAUGACCUAUAUAACAAUAGGUUACAUUUUUAUAUGCCAAGAAUUGAAAUGUAAUUGUAGGUAUAUUGUCAUCAGCCCAAUCUGUCCAGGCUAAAGUUAUCAUCCGAUAAGACUCGAAAUUUACUGGUACAUGCAUUGUUUAUGUCACUUUACUUGUUUACUUUGUAAAUUCUUGUGUUUGCUCUAGCAGUUAUAAGUUGACUUGAAAUCUAUGUGUUUAUGUUACUUUUUAAACAAUUCUGAUAAUUGUCCCCCGCCUUUCGAAGAAAGCAGGGGACUAUUAAAAUGGGUUCGUCCGUCUGUCUGUCCGUCUGUCUGUCCGUCACACUUUUUGGGACACAAUAACUCUCUUCCUAAUUGAGCUAGAAUGUUCAAACUUGGUGUAUGUGUUUAUUAGGUCAAUGCCUUGAUGGAGUUCGAAGAUGAGCAUUUUCCGCUUAGGGUAAGCAGAGAUAAGCAAUUUGAUUGGUUGAUGCUUUGGGACACGAUAACUCUCUUCCUAAUUGGGCUAGAAUGUUCAAACUUGGUGUAUGUGUUGAUUAGGUCAAUGCCUUGAUGGAGUUCGAAGAUGAGCAUUUUCCGCUUAGGGUAAGCAGAGAUAAGCAAUUUGAUUGGUUGAUGCUUUGGGACACGAUAACUUUUAAUUGAGCUAGAAUGUUCAAACUUGGUGUAUGUGUUUAUUAGGUCAAUGCCUUGAUGGAGUUCGAAGAUGAGCAUUUUCCGCUUAGGGUAAGCAGAGAUAAGCAAUUUGAUUGGUUGAUACUUUGGGGCACGAUAACUCUCUUCCUAAUUGAGCUAGAAUGUUCAAACUUGGUGUAUGUGUUGAUUAGGUCAAUGCCUUGAUGGAGUUCGAAGAUGAGCAUUUUCCGCUUAGGGUAAGCAGAGAUAAGCAAUUUGAUUGGUUGAUGCUUUGGGACACGAUAACUUUAGUUCUAAUUAAGUGAGAUUGAUGAAACUUGGUGUAUAGUUUCAUUACAGUAAUACCUUGACUAAGUUUGAUAAUGAGCAUUUUCUGCUCAGGGUAAGCAGAGCGAUACGCAAUUUGAUUGGUCGAGACUUUGGAAAACAAUAACUCUCCUACUUUGAUUGUUAGACUAUAAGUAAAGAUAUACUGUUUGAUUGUUCAAUACUUUGUAAAAGAUAAUUUGUGAUAAAUUUAUAUGUGUCCUCUAAUUAUUUUCCCAUUUCGGCGGGGGACAUCAGCCUCACUGUUGGCUUGUUGCUUCAUGGGUUGUUGCCCAUGAUUGCUUUUUAUACGCCCACAUGGAAAUGUGGUCGUAUAUUGCCGUCGCCCCCAUCCGUCCGUCUGUUGUCCACAAUUUCUUGUGAACACUCUACAGACUACAUUUAUUAUCUGAUUGUUUUGAAAUUGAUAUAUGUUGUUUGCAUUAGUGAGAUGAAGAAGCCUAUUUAAUUUCAAUAAUUUCCAUUAAUUUCUUCUGGAGUUAUGGCCCUUGUUUCACUUCAUUGCACCUUGUCAACGCUCUAAAGAGUAAAGUUAUCAACCGAUCUGUAUGAAAUUUAUUUGCAUUAUUUAAAUUAGUGAAACGAAGAAGCCUAUUGAAUUUCAGCAAUUUCCGUUAAUUACAUCUAGAGUUCUGGCCCUUGUUUCACUUUGUUGAAUCUUGUGAACGCUCUAAUGACAACAGUUAUCAUCCGAUCUGUUCGAAAUUGAUAUGCAUCAUUUAAAUUAGUGCAACGAAGAAGCCUAUUGAAUUUCAGCAAUUUCCGUUGAUUACGCCGUGAGUUAUGGCCCUUGAUUUACUUUGUUGAACCUUGUGAACUUUUGAACGACAAAAGUUAUCAUCCGAUCUGUUUGAUAUUGAUAUGCAUCAUUUAAAUUAGUGAAACGAAGAAGCCUAUUGAAUUUCAGCAAUUUCCGUUAAUUAUGCCGUGAGUUAUGGCCCUUGUUUCACUUUGUUGUACCUUGUGAAUGCUCUAAUAACAAAAGUUAUUAUCCGAUCAGUAUGAAAUUCAUAUGCAUCAUUUGAAUUAGUAAAACAAAGAAGCCAUUUGAAUUUCAGCAAUUUCCGUUAAUUACAUCUAGAGUUAUGGCUCUUGUUUCACUUUGUUGAAUCUUGUGAAUGCUCUAAUGACAACAGUUAUCAUCCGAUCUGUUCGAAAUUGAUAUGCAUCAUUUAAAUUAGUGCAACGAAGAAGCCUAUUGAAUUUCAGCAAUUUCCGUUGAUUACGCCGUGGUUAUGGCCCUUGAUUUACUUUGUUGAACCUUGUGAACUUUUGAACGACAAAAGUUAUCAUCCGAUCUGUAUGAAAUUUAUAUGCAUUAUUUGAAUUAGUAAAACAAAAAAACCUGUCGAAUUUCAACAUUUUCUGUAGAUUACUUCCAGAGUUAUGGCCCUUGUUUUAGUUUUUAGAACCUUGUGAACCCUCAAACGACGAAAAUUAUUAUGUCAUCUGUAUGAAAUUAUCUAUUAAAUGCUCCUAAUUACCUAUAAAAGAAUAAAUAUGCGACAACCCUUGUCGAUCGCUUGGAUGAUUUAGCUGCUGUGGAUGUAUGUUUUAUUGCCUGGCAACCUAUCUUUAUGUGGAUAGGACAUGUACCGGUAUCUAUAAAAAGAAACACAAUGCAGAAACCUUUAUGAACCUGGUGGAUAACUAUACUGCUGUUGGCAUAUGUUAUGUUGCCUAGCUACCUAUAUUUGGAGAAAAUGUGUCAUCCCAUUAUUAGAAAAAGAAUAGACAGUGGACCAGUGCUUGUCGGAUGACCACCUCAGAUUAUUAUGAAAAAAAUAUAUAUUAUAGUACAUACAAACUUAAAUGUAAAACUGCCAAGUUAUAUGACUCUAGCAUUAAUAUUGACUGAGAUACAUGCAUGGCCUUUGAAUCAAGGUCCCAUUCUAUCUAUGACUUGAUUUCGGUGUACUGAUUUUAUAUCUUCUAGUUAAUCAAUAUUCUUGAAACUUUGGGGUUUGUAAGAGAAUGUUUAUUAUAUAGAUUAAGAAUUCACCAUCAAAUUUUAUAGAGCCAGUACCUUCCACUGUGUAUUGAGAGCCUUAAGUGCCAAAUAUUGAUACUUAUGCAAAAAAAUCAAUAUUUUGAUACAGUGUAGAAAUUUUACUACACUAUAUUUGAAAUUGUCACUUAUCACAUGCAUAAUGUAUCUUUGUCAGUUUCUUGUAAAAUUAGCUUUGAAAACCAACUCACACAGGGAAAUAGGUAAAACCAUGAAAAAAAUAUGAAACUUUAUUGAAAUGUUGCUUGUGUAGUCCAUCAAUGAUGAAAGGCCCAUCUUUGAUAUUUUACUCCUUCAUUUUUUAUUUUCAUGAAAUUUUUAAACUGUAUUAUUAUAUCACUGUUACACCCUAAGGACGGCUGAGUUCGAAUUUCGUGAAAAUCGGCCCAAAAUUGACAGACAAAAUGGCCGCCGUUCGUUCUCAAAUAGCGUAAAAAUACGGUAUAUCAAGGUUGUGGACCCUAUAGAGGUCACAAUUUUUAUCCGAUUUUGUUGAAACUUGAAAUGUAAGUUUAUAACCCAAAGAUCUCGGUUCCUUUUGAUAUUCGGGCAUAUCGGUACGUAACUUCCUGAAUUAUGGCCCCUGAUUGUACGAAAAAUCGCGUUUUUAGCUUAUGGACCCUAUAGAGGUCAUAAUUUUUAUCCGAUUUAAAAAAAAGUAUUAUUAUAUCACUGUUACACCAUAAGGACGGCUGAGAUUGAAUUUCGUGAAAAUCGGCCCAAAACUGACAGACAAAAUGGCCGCCCUUUGUUCUCAAAUAGCGUCAAAAUAUGGUAUAUCAAGGUUGUGAAUCCUAUGGAGGUCACAAUUUUUAUCCUAUUUUGUUGAAACUUGAAAUGUAAGUUUAUAACACAAAGAUCUCGGUUCCUGUUGAUAUUUGCGCAUAUCGAAUUGUAAUUUCCUGAAUUAUGGCCCUUGAUUGUAGGAAAAAUCACUAUCUUUUUAGCUUGUUCUCUAUCCAUCUCUUGAAAAUGUGGGCGUAUCCUGCCUGGCAGCCGCUGGUUAGCUUGUGGACCCUAUAGAGGUCAUAAUUUUUAUCCGAUUUAAAAAAACAUUUUAGUAUAUUACCGUUACACCCUAAGGAUGAUUGAGUUCGAAUUUCUAGAAAAUCGGCAUAAAACUGACACAAAAUGGUCGUCCCUCGUUCUCAAGUAGCGUAAAAAUAUGGUAUAUCAAGGUUGUAGACCCUCUAGAGGUCACAAUUUUCUUCUAAUUUUGAUGAAACUUGAAAUGUAAGUUUAUAACCCAAAGAUCUCGGUUCCUUUCGAUAUUCGCACAUAUUGGACCGUAACUUCCGGAAUUAUGGCCCCUGAUUGUACAAAAUCAUGUUUUUCGCUUGUGGACCCUAUACAGGUUAUAUUUUUUAUCUGAUUUAAAAAAAUGUUUGAAUAUAUCACUGUUACACCCUAAGGAUGGUUGAGUUUGAAUUUCGUAAAAAUAGGACCAAAACUGACAGACAAAAUGGCCGCCCCUCGUACUCAAAUAGCGUAAAAUUAUGAUAUAUCAAGGUUAUGGACUCUCUAGAGCUCACAAUUUUCUUCUGAUUUUGAUGAAACUUGAAAUGUAAGUUUAUAAGUUUAUAACCCAAAGAUCUCAGUUCCUUUUGAUAUUCGCAUAUAUCGGACCGUAACUUCCUGAAUUAUGGCCCCUGAUUGUACGGAAAAUCGCGUUUUUAGCUUGUGGACCCUUAUAGAGGUUAUAAUUUUUAUCCGAUUUCAAAAACCGUUUAAAUAUAUCAUCUUUACACCCUAAGGAUGGUUGAUUUCGAAUUUCGUUAAAAUACUCCCUUUUGACACUUCACCGACGAUAUCAAGGUUGUGGACCCUCUAGAGGUCACAAUUUUCUUCUGAUUUUGAUGAAACUUGAAAUGUAAGUUUAUAACCCAAAGAUCUUGGUUCCUGUCGAUAUUUGCGCAUAUCGGAUGGUAAAUUCCUGAAUUAUGGCCCCUGAUUGUACGUAAAAUCGCUUUUUGUUUAGCUUGUUCUCUAUCCAUCUCUUGCAAAAUGUGGGCGUAUCCUGCCUGGCAGCCGCUGGUUCCUGAUUUGAAUGAAUUGAUUAUAAUAUUUCUAAUUGCAUGAUCAUCAUAAAACAAGGCCUUGUAAGAACAUUUUGUGCUUACUUAUAACAAUUAUGCAUCAAUAUCAGACCCAGGGGGUACCAUUAAUUUAUGAUUCACCAUCAAAAACAUGGAAAGUUCAAAAUUUGUAACAUGUUCAUAUAUUUAUAUUUUUCGCCCAUUUGAAAGGAUAUCACUUCCAAUACUUUGAUUAUCAUCAAAUCACACCCUGUAAGAGCAAGCUCAUGACUUAUGCAUAGCUUCUAUAACCUGUAGUAAUCCCCUAAUUAUGUAUACUCCCCACCUAAUUCAUUCAAGGGACCUAGCAAAAAAAAUUUUUUUUUAAUAUAUACUUGAAUAUAAAUCAUUAUACAAUAGAAUAACAUACUCUUCAAAAAAAGUAGGGGAUAUUCAGAAACAAUACAAAACUGCAGAAAUGCACUGCUGUUUUUAUUAGAGGUAACCAGUGUAUGUCAAUAACAGGCCAAUUGUCUACACAUGAACAUACAUGUAAACAGCCCAUAUGGGCGGCAUAUCUGACGGCCCCAUUUCACUCGCAAAGAGAUGCACAGUCAAAAAUGAAAAUGGACGUUUUUGAUUUUUGUCGUAAUAAUCAGUAAUUGCUCCACCAAUCCCCAGACAUUCGUCAAUUCUUCAUGGCAUGCUCCUAGUCAACUGUCCAAUCACGAUUUGGGGCAAUCUGACCCACUCCUCUUGCAGUGCCACGGCCAAUUCCUGCAGUGUUGUCGGUUGAAGUUGACGUCGACGAACACGUCUCCCGAUCAAAUUAAAUGUAACACACUAAAGCAAAGAUACGCUAAACAGUAAAUCUUAUGCAAGAACCGAUAGGAAAGCAAACAUGGAUAUAUAACCCAGCAUGCGGCAGUUUUCAUCAACUCUUCCUUGAAGUGUCAAAUUUGACAAUAAACCCCUCCCACAUGUAUGGCGCUAUUACGUGUCGCAUGUGCAGCUCAGUGGUUUUGUUGGGACGAUAAGUUCAUCUGUGAACAUACUCUCAAAGCAUGUCAAAUGUCCAUGACUAUUUAUCAUAUCACAACCUGCAUAGGUAUUUGUAUUUCAAUAUCCUCUCCUUUUUUUUGAAGAGUGUAUUUAAGUAUAUAUUAAAAAAACACACACUUUCUUUUCUGAAAACAUAAUUUAAACCUUUCCAAGUUACUGCUUUGGAGAAGUUCAGUUGAUAAUUUGGGUGAUCAGCUGCUCUCUACCCUGUUUUGCAAUGUUAUCUCCCUUGAAUGAAUAAUAGUGUACAAGCAACAUUUCCCCUAUACCUAUACCUAUACUUUCUGAGAAUUUGGUCCACUAGACAUGGAAUGAUCCCUGUAAGUUUAUGCAUGAAACCUCCUGUGUGCAUCAAAGCAGACUGUUAAUGACAUGCGGGAGCGUGUGAACAUUUACAUCUGUAAAUGAGAAAUAAUGAUUUAGCUGCUAGAUGAAUUUAUUCAAUAUAUUCAUAUUCAUAAUGAAUGACUUGAAUAUAAAUGUAGAUUUUUGUAUAGAAUAUAAUAAAUGGAAUGUUAGUAAAAAAUAAUUUGUAAUAUAUCAGUGCUGACUUGU